AUGUGCACUGGGAGCUGUGCCAAGUGCCUGGGGGGCACCCUCAUUCCCUUCACCGUGUUUGGCUUCCUGGCUAACGUCCUGCUCUUUUUCCCUGGAGGAAGAGUGAUAGACGACAACGACAAUCUUUCGGAUGAGGUCUGGUUUUUCGGAGGAAUAUUAGGAAGCGGGGUCUUGAUGAUCCUCCCUGUGGUGGUGUUCUUGGGCCUGAAGAACAACGACUGCUGUGGGUGCUGUGGCAACCAGAGCUGCGGGAAGCGAUGCGCGAUGUUCAGCUCCACAAUAUUUGCUGCAGUUGGAUUCUUGGGUGCCGGAUACUCGUUUAUCAUCUCGGCUGUCUCGAUCAACAAGGGUCCUAAAUGUCUCACGGACAACAGCACCUGGGGCUACCCCUUCGACAACGGGGAUUACCUGAGUGACAAAGCCUUAUGGAGCAAGUGCCAAGAGCCUGCCAACGUGAUUCCCUGGAACCUGAGCCUCUUCUCCAUCCUGCUGGUCAUAGGAAUCAUUCAGAUGCUUCUCUGCGCCAUCCAGGUGAUCAACGGCCUUCUGGGGACCCUGUGCGGAGACUGCCAGAGUUGUGGCUGCUGUGGGUCAGGGGGCUAA